AUGAACGGAGCAGCAGGAGACGUGGACGACUACUUGGAGGACUAUUAUGACGCGAUCGUCCUGUCCACGGGCCUCGGCAGCAGCAUCCUGGCAGCAGCUUUGGCGAAGGCGGGGAAAAGCGUCCUGUAUCUGGACUGCCACGAGUACUACGGCCAAGACUCCGCCAGUUUUUCCUUCACGCAGCUGUUAGACUGGGCCGAAGCGAACGGCCGGAAGCACCAUGGGGGCAAAGGCGGUGUCGCCGGCGAUGGGGGGCAGACUUGCGCGAUCUCGACAAACCAAGCGGCGAAAAUGGUUGACAGCGCUGACGCUUGGACGGCCAUUGCUAGAGCCCAUGCCCGAAACGAGCUGAAGAAGGAGCGGGAGAUGAAGGCUACCGCGGGGGGGGAGGGUGGCGAGGGCAACAGUGGCGAGCCGGGGGCAGAGACAACGGCGGAGGGAGAAGAGAAUAAGGGACAGCAGCAGGGAUCGCAAGACGCGGACACCGCUUCGACUGCUGCUGGGGCGUCAGAGCAAAACUCGCCCAACACCAACCAAACGGAGCAGCAGCGGGAUGGCGGAGAAGAGAAGGAGCCCACUGCCGAGGAAGCCGCGGCGGAAAAAGCGGCCGUGGACGCCGCGGCGGCGGCACGCCUCCAGACCCUAAACCUGCACCUCCUGCCCCUGUCCUACCACGGCUGUCGAACGCGCGCGGGGGCGCCCAGCGACGCCUGCGUCCCCGAGCGGGAGAGGCGGAAGGUCGCCGAGGAUGCCGCCGCAGCAUCCGGCCGCUUCUUGGGGGGGAGGCAGCCGCAGCCUUCCCACCCCGCCUGGGCCGGCCGGCGCGACCCGACUAUGAGAGGAGAUGGGGGAGCAGUCGGGGGGGAAGAAGAGGGGGUGCACCCGUCGUUCUGGGGGUACCGUACGGAGCGGCGGCCGGGCGCGGCGGAUCUCGUCCGUCUGUCGCGGUCUUUCAACCUGGACUUGACCUCUCAGGUGCUGCUUGCCACCGGGCCCGCGGUGGAUGCUCUCGUCAAUUCCGGCGUGGCGAGCUACCUGGAGUUCAAGGACAUGCAGGCGGAUGUCUUCGGCACCAAGCUCCUGACUCCGCUCGAGAAGCGCCGCCUCAUGAAGUUCCUCCUCUUCGCCAGCGACUGGGGCCUGCAGAGGCGCGGAGAGGACGUCCUCUCGCGUAACGAGGCCGGCCUGGGGAGGGGCCGCAGCCUGCGGCGCCCCCAGAACCGCGAAGCCGCUUCGGGCGACUUCGACGCGGAAGCCCACGCCGGGAAGCCCUUCUCCGGGUUCCUGAGGGGCUGCGGGCUUCCCGAGCGCGUGCGCGCUAUGAUCACGCACGCCCUCGCCCUGCUACCCGGGGGCGACGAGGGAGGGGAGGGGGGAGGGGCGACGACGGAGGAGGGGCUGGAGGCUGUGUACAGGCACCUUUCCGCCCUCGGGCGUUUCGGCGAAACGGCAUUCAUCGCGCCGCUUUACGGCGUCGGCGAGCUGUCCCAGUCGUUCUGCCGAAUGGCGGCGGUCCACGGGGCGAUCUGCAUGCUGAGGCGUCAGCUGAGGGGGGCUGUUGUUGACCGGAAUUCCGGGAGGUGCGUCGGAGUCGUCGACGACGCCGGGCGGGCCUUCGCGUGCUCGUUCCUCGUCGUGGGAGGGGAAUUCUUCGCCGCAUCCCCUCCCACCAACACCCACCAACCGACAAAGACGCCUGCUCCAGAACGACUCUCUGCGCCACACCCACCACCACCACCACCACCGCCACCACCAGAAACACUCCCUACCGCCGGCACCGGUAGCAGCAGCCGCGUCCGCGGAAGGCUGCUCCGCCGAGUCGUCCUGGCCUCCGGCCCGGUGGCGCCCGAGGGCAGGGGGCGGGGACUGUGCGUCUUGCCCCCCGGCCUCCAGGGCAUCGGAAACCCCGCGGCGGUGCACGUCGUGUCCCUCGACGACACCACGGCGGCCUGCCCGGAUAACCUGGGCGGCGCCUGCGUGAUUCACCUCACUACGACCACCGCGAGGGCGGGCGAGGCAGACGACAGCAGCCAGGCCGGGGGGGUAGGGUCGCAGGGGGCACCGACGAAUCAAGACAGGGAGGGAGAACAAGAAGAAGUCCCGGCGGGAGCUAACGCUAACGUGGAUGGGCCGGGGGAUGAGGAUGGGAGAGACGGGGUUUUGGGGCGAGCGUCCAGGGAGCUGCUUGCCGCUGCUGGGGUGGAGGAGAUCUGGAGCCUUGGCUUCAGCUGGGACAUCCAAGGUCCGCCUAGGCCGGAAGACCUGCCGGCGAAUAUGGUGGUGUGCGAACGCCCUGGCCAAGAGCUAUAUUUGCACGACGUGGUCGUUCAGGCGGAGCGCGACUUCGCUCGACUGUUCCCGGGCGAGCCGUUCUGGCCGCCGCCGGCCGGGCAAGGGGAAGACGGGGACGACCAAGCGGACAUGCUCGAGGCCGCCGCGUCCGCGGUCACAACAACGGGGGUCGAUGCGGACACGGAGGGGGGGGAAGGGGGAGAACAAGAGGAGGAGGGAGGGGGAGACGCAGGGAAACAAGAGGGAGAGGGAGGGGGAGACGCAGGCAGGGAAGAGACGGGGGGUGAGCACGGGUAG